AUGGCGCACUACACAGCUGACAACGAGCUGUUGGACUAUGAAGAGGAUGAGGAGCCUCAGGUUGCCCCGGAGACCGCCACACCUGCGGGCAAGAAGGAGGUAAUGGACUCUUACGUCUCCAUCAACAGCUCCGCCUUCCGAGACUUCCUGCUCAAACCAGAGCUGCUCCGCGCCAUUGUCGACUGUGGCUUUGAACAUCCCUCUGAAGUCCAACAUGAGUGCAUCCCACAGGCCAUCCUGGGCAUGGACAUCCUGUGCCAGGCCAAGUCUGGUGUGGGCAAGACUGCUGUGUUUGUACUGGCCACCCUGCAGCAGAUUGAGCCUGUGGACGGGCAGGUGUCUGUGCUGGUGACGUGCCACACACGAGAGCUGGCCUUCCAGAUCAGCAAAGAGUAUGAGCGCUUCUCCAAGUACAUGCCUACCGUCAAGGCAGCCGUGUUCUUCGGGGGCCUGUCCAUCAAGAAUGACGAGGACUCGCUGAAGAAGAACUGCCCCCACUUUGUGGUGGGAACGCCAGGCCGCAUCCUGGCCCUCAUCCGCAACAAGACCCUCAACCUGAAGAACGUGAAGCACUUUGUCCUGGACGAGUGUGACCAGAUGCUCUCUCCCUCAGACAUGAGGCGUGAUGUUCAGGACAUCUUCAGGCUCACACUCCACGAGAAGCAGUGCAUGUUCAGCGCCACCCUAAGCAAAGAGAUCCGUCCUGUCUGCCGCAAGUUCAUGCAGGAUCCCAUGGAGGUGUUUGUGGACGAUGAGACCAAGCUGACGCUGCACGGCCUGCAGCAGUACUACUGCAAGCUGAAGGAUAGCGAGAAGAACCGCAAGCUCUUCGACCUGCUCGACGUGCUCGAGUUCAACCAGGUACGGACAGAGGUCUCUUCAGAGCAUUGA